AUGUCGUCCACUUAUUGGUUUGUAUCUAUCCCAUCCGACCCAACUCGACAGGACGCAGUAAACAAGUUGCGAGACAAGAUUUCAUACAGACCAGUCGAUUACGCUGAGAUUUUCCCAUUUCCGUUACCUGAUUUCAAGAUUGGCACAUUGGACGCGCUAAUGGUCUUAUCCGAUGAUUUGACAAAAGUAGAUGGCACAUUUGAAACUAUGACUAUCAAGAUAUCUGAUAAUCUAAAGAGCUUGCUGGGUGGUGAUGUCGACGAAUGGAGGAAUAACUUGGGUGUUGGUGAUAAGAAUGUGGAACAGUAUCUACAAGGCUUUCAAUGGAAUACUAUGAAAUAUCGAACAGACAAGUCAUUACGAGAGCUGGCUGAUGUCAUUAUACAGGAAGUAACGCAAAUAGACGAGCUCAUGAAGAAGAAGAUGGUUGCUUAUUCUCAAGUCAAGACUCAAUUGCAGUCCUUGCAACGGAAGGAAACUGGUACUCUUGCAACAAAGAAUCUAGCGGGCAUAGUAAAGAAGGAGAACUUUGUGCUGGAUUCAGAAUACCUGACUACCUUAUUGGUAGCUGUUCCAAAAAUAAGUGAAAAGGAUUGGAUUGGACGAUAUGAAACCCUGACUCAGAUGGUGGUGCCACGAUCGUCAACGAAACUGGCUGAGGACGACGAAUACUGCCUAUACAGUGUGGUGGUGUUUCAAAGAGUAGUUGAAGAAUUCACGAGGAAUGCUCGGGAAGAAAAAUUCCUUGUACGAGAUUUCAAAUGGAAUGAUCAGGAUGUUGUAUUGUCAAAGAAGGAAUUGGGUGAAUUGACUGCUAUGGAGAAAGAGCAAUGGACUACAUUGGUCAGAUUAUGCAAGACCAACUUCGGAGAAGUGUAUGCAAGUUGGACACACAUCAAAGUGCUACGACUAAAUGUUGAAUCCAUAUUACGGUAUGGAUUACCACCAGAUUUCCAAGCUAUGGUCAUCAAGAUCAAACCGAAAAUGGAACGCAAAAUCAAGGACAUCAUGACAUCUUUUUACGCACGACUAGCAGGAGGAUCAGGUGGAACAGGAGGAGCAGCCAAGAGUGGUAAAGGAUGGAUGGGCUCAUCAUCGCAACCACAAGAAGAAGCCAUUGAAGAUAAUUUGCAAAUGUUGAUUGGAGAGAAAGAGUUUACACCGUUUGUUAUGUUUGCUGCACGUUCUGAACUGUAG